AUGGGAAAAAGAAAGACUAGGAAACCACCACCAAAGAAAGUCCAACCCAAGUUGCCGACUUCUUUCGAUUGUCCUUUCUGCAAUCACGAAGGUACGGUCGAAUGCGUCAUUGAUAGAAAGCAAAGCACCGGAAAGCUAACGUGUAGAAUUUGCGGAGCACAAUAUCAAACGAACAUUACCUACAUCAUGUCUGCAAUUGACGUUUACAGCGAAUGGAUCGAUGAAUGCGAGAAGGUAAAUUCAGCAAACUACAACGAAGAAGAGGAAGAAGAUACACUAAAUCAAGCAACACAAGAACAAGUAAAUUAUCAUCAACAAGCACAUCAUCGAUUGAGCCAUCAUCAACCACAGCAUGAAGAGGAUGAGGAAGAGGAAGAUGAUGGAAGUGGCGGACCAACACAAGGUUUACACCAAUACCACGCUGGAAUGUAUCAUCGAGGAGUUGGUGGAUAUUAA